AUGACAGUACCGGUGAAGGAAGUAACAGCUCUGGGGAUGACAGUACCGGUGAUGGAAGUAACAGCUCAGGAGAUGACAGUACCGACGAUGGAAAUAACAGCUCUGGAGAUGACAGUACCGGUGAUGGAAGUAACAGCUCAGGAGAUGACAGUACCGACGAUGGAAAUAACAGCUCUGGAGAUGACAGUACCGGUGAUGGAAGUAACAGCUCAGGAGAUGACAGUACCGGUGAUGGAAGUAACAGCUCUGGAGAUGACAGUACCGGUGAUGGAAGUAACAGCUCUGGGGAUGACAGUACCGGUGAUGGAAGUAACAGCUCUGGAGAUGACAGUACCGGUGAUGGAAGUAACAGCUCAGGAGAUGACAGUACCGGUGAUGGAAGUAACAGCUCUGGAGAUGACAGUACCGGUGAUGGAAGUAACAGCUCUGGGGAUGACAGUACCGGUGAUGGAAGUAACAGCUCUGGAGAUGACAGUACCGGUGAUGGAAGUAACAGCUCUGGGGAUGACAGUACCGGUGAUGGAAGUAACAGCUCUGGAGAUGACAGUACCGGUGAUGGAAGUAACAGCUCUGGGGAUGACAGUACCGGUGAUGGAAGUAACAGCUCUGGAGAUGACAGUACCGGUGAUGGAAGUAACAGCUCUGGGGAUGACAGUACCGGUGAUGGAAGUAACAGCUCUGGAGAUGACAGUACCGGUGAUGGAAGUAACAGCUCUGGGGAUGACAGUACCGGUGAUGGAAGUAACAGCUCUGGAGAUGACAGUACCGGUGAUGGAAGUAACAGCUCUGGGGAUGACAGUACCGGUGAUGGAAGUAACAGCUCUGGAGAUGACAGUACCGGUGAUGGAAGUAACAGCUCUGGGGAUGACAGUACCGGUGAUGGAAGUAACAGCUCUGGAGAUGACAGUACCGGUGAUGGAAGUAACAGCUCUGGGGAUGACAGUACCGGUGAUGGAAGUAACAGCUCUGGAGAUGACAGUACCGGUGAUGGAAGUAACAGCUCUGGAGAUGACAGUACCGGUGAUGGAAGUAACAGCUCUGGAGAUGACAGUACCGGUGAUGGAAGUAACAGCUCUGGAGAUGACAGUACCGGUGAUGGAAGUAACAGCUCUGGAGAUGACAGUACCGGUGAUGGAAGUAACAGCUCUGGAGAUGACAGUACCGGUGAUGGAAGUAACAGCUCAGGAGAUGACAGUACCGGUGAUGGAAGUAACAGCUCAGGAGAUGACAGUACCGGUGAUGGAAGUAACAGCUCUGGAGAUGACAGUACCGGUGAUGGAAGUAACAGCUCUGGGGAUGACAGUACCGGUGAUGGAAGUAACAGCUCUGGAGAUGACAGUACCGGUGAUGGAAGUAACAGCUCUGGGGAUGACAGUACCGGUGAUGGAAGUAACAGCUCUGGAGAUGACAGUACCGGUGAUGGAAGUAACAGCUCAGGAGAUGACAGUACCGGUGAUGGAAGUAACAGCUCUGGGGAUGACAGUACCGGUGACGGAAAUAACGGCUCUGGGGAUGACAGUACCGGUGAUGGAAGUAACAGCUCUGGGGAUGACAGUACCGGUGAUGGAAGUAACAGCUCAGGAGAUGACAGUACCGGUGAUGGAAGUAACAGCUCUGGAGAUGGAAAUAACAGCUCUGGAGAUGGAAAUAACGGCUCUGGGGAUGACAGUACCGACGAUGGAAGUAACAGCUCUGGAGAUGACAGUACCGGUGAUGGAAGUAACGUCUCUGAAGAUGACAGUACCGACGAUGGAAGUAACAGCUCUGGAGAUGGAAACAACAGCUCUGGAGAUGGAAAUAACAGCUCUGGAGAUGGAAAUAACGGCUCUGGAGAUGACAGUACCGACGAUGGAAAUAACAGCUCUGGAGAUGACAGUACUGGUGAUGGAAGUAACGGCUCUGGAGAUGACAGUACCGGUGAUGGAAGUAACGGCUCUGGAGAUGACAGUACCGACGAUGGAAGUAACAGCUCUGGAGAUGACAGUACCGAUGGUGGAAGCAACAGCUCUGGAGAUGGAAAUAACAGCUCUGGAGAUGGAAAUAACAGCUCUGGAGAUGGAAAUAACAGCUCUGGAGAUGAUAGUACCGAUGAUGGAAGUAACUGUUCUGAAGAUGGAACAAAACCAGGACAUAAGAAACACCAUAGACACCAUCACAGACAUAAAGAUUCCGCUGAAUAUGACAACGGGGAAGGAUGGGAUGAAAGAAUUGAUGAUUCAGCUGAUGGCAGUGAUGUUCAUCGUCAUCAUCGCCGUCAUCAUAGGAGACAUACUGUCAUCCUACCUUGGCAAUGCAAAGGAAAGAUUUGUUUCUGUUGGCGACGACUCAAGUAUGUGCCGAAAUCUAUACGAAAAUUCAUUUUUUAAAGACGACUUACACUUCCUGGUAGCUUACUCUUGA